AUGCAAAUGCGAUGUCCGAUCUAUCUAUCUAUCUAUCUAUCUAUCUAUCUAUCUAUCUAUCCGUAUGUCUAUCUAUCUAUCCGUAUGUCUGUCUAUCUAUCUAAAAUCAACAGUCUCAUUUCCCUCAUAUUCUUUACGAUCUUCCUCAACUCCCGACCUUCGACAUUCCUCAAACCACGACCUUCGACCGUCGUUAAAUCUCUACCUUCGACCUUCCUCAAACCACGACCUCCGACCUUCCUCAUUCCACGACCUUCGACCGUCGUUAAAUCACUACGUUUGACCUUCGUCAAACCACGACCUCUGACCUUCCUCAAAACAACCACCUUCGAUCUUCCUCAAAUCAAAACCUUCCUCAAACCACGACCUUCGACCGUCGUUAAAUCACUACGUUGGACCUUCCUCAAACCACGACCUCCGACCUUCCUCAAACCACCACCUUCGAUCUUCCUCAAAUCAAAACCUUCCUCAAACCACGACCUUCGACACUCCUCAAACCACGACCUUCGACCGUCGUUAAAUCACUACGUUCGAUCUUCCUCAAACCACCACUUUGGACCUUCCUCAAAUCUAUCUAUCUAUAUAUCUAUCUAUCUAUCUAUCUAUCUAUCUAUCUAUCUAUCCAAUAUGUCUAUCUAUCUAUCCGUAUGUCUGUCUAUCUAUCUAAAAAUCUUACGAUCUUCCUCAACUCCUGACCUUCGACAUUCCUCAAACCACGACCUUCGACCGUCGUUAAAUCUCUACCUGACCUUCCUCAAACCACGACCUCCGACCUUCCUCAUUCCACGACCUUCGACCGUCGUUAAAUCACUACGUUUGACCUUCGUCAAACCACGACCUCUGACCUUCCUCCAAACAACCACCUUCGAUCUUCCUCAAAUCGAAACCUUCCUCAAACCACGACCUUCGACCGUCGUUAAAUCACUACGUUGGACCUUCCUCAAACCACGACCUCCGACCUUCCUCAAACCACCACCUUCGAUCUUCCUCAAAUCAAACCUUCCUCAAACCACGACCUUCGACCUCCUCAAACCACGACCUUCGACCGUCGUUAAAUCACUACGUUCGAUCUUCCUCAAACCACCACUUUGGACCUUCCUCAAGUCAACAUCUUCUGACCUUCCUCAAAUCCCGUCAUUCGACCUUCCUCAAACCACGACCUUCGACCUUUCUCAAAUCCUGACCUUCCUCAAAUCAUGA